AUGACUUCUACGUCACCACCGACUAAGCUAAAGGAAGCUAAUGUUGGUGGUUUGGAAACGACGUCCAGCACUUCAAGGUCCUCCGUGACGGAGCGGGGGAAGUACUUCCUGUGGGUGGUGAAGUUUAACUCUCUCAACGAGCUGACUCGAGGCGUGCUUCCCUACUUUGCAAACUUCCGCCUCAUUUCAGAGCUGUCCACACCGUUUGUGAACCAAAGGUGGUUCUUCGAGGCGUUAAAGUACCCUCGCUCUAACCGCCUCGUCGUUAUAAACGGCGUUGCCAUGGCGGCCGUCUUCUUCCUGGUCCGCUGCGCCGUCAUGCCGUCCUAUUGGUCCAGCGUCUUUGCCACUUUCGGCACGGAGGCCUUCACUAGGCUGGGCCUCGCCGCUCAAGUGGCGUGGAUCUCCUCCUGCAUCGCGCUGGACAUCCUGAACGUCAUCUGGAUGUACAAGAUCGCCCGCGGCUGCUACAAGGUGAUCAAAGGAAGAGGGGGGGCGAGGAAAGGAAAGGAGGAGGUAUCGGAGAAGAAGGAGGUAACAGAGAAGGAGGUGGAGAAAAAAGACGGGAAGCACGUCAACAACCACACGGACUGAAGAGAGCGAAAGGAAAUGUAGGAACAGGAAGUAAGGAGGAAGGGGAACUCCUCACGAACCCACGUGAUGGUCCUUUAAGUCCCGACACGAGACAAAGAGACUCUCGAGCUCCAGCCUUUGCAGCUCAGUGUUGGGACGGAGGCAGAAAGCACACUUUUAACUCCGUCUGUCACCUUUUCGUUCGUCCUUUGACCCAUCAUAUAUCCCCCCCCUCCUUCAGCCUCUGAAGUGCCUGCGAAAGACAGGAUUUUUUUGCAGGAUCGCAAAGUCUGACAGCGCCUUCAGGAGACGACCAUCUCUCGCUGAUUUUUCCCCCCCCCCCCCCGAACAUCCUUCAUCUACUCCGUCCACGCUCGAGGAGACGCUCCCGUGUGCAGUGUUCGUGAAUCUACAGGGCUCUCGUCUUAAAACUCAUCAGACCUCACGAUAGAUAUAUAAAAGAGACAGAAAAACACCAUAAUGCCUCUUCUACAGUAUCACCUGCUGUGGCCUCCUUGUAAGAAAGUGGCACCUGCCUAUCACCAGCCAUGCCCCUCCAACGCCCCGUGAACAAUUCGGAUUAUAUAUAUAUUAAAAUAUUUAGAAUAUGCAUGUAGGAAAGACUAGACACCCUGUAGGUCCUGUGUCCACAUAGCGUCUUUUUCUGCACUGAGCAGAGGCUUUUUCCAAUGUUUCUUGGAUGAUAUCUCGACAACUUUUGACAUGUUUUCCAUUUGACAUCAGCUGGAAGAUCCGUGAAAGGAAGGCGACCCGCGUACAGAUCAACGCUCACCGGAGAAAACAUCAAUGUACAUCAAAUUAGCUUUUUUGGUUUAGUUCUAGCUGUUUCCAUGGUAAAAAAACAAACUUCUCGUCUUUGUACGGAGGGCAUUCGGAGAUAAGAGUUCAACACUAACAAUAGAGAAAGACACCUAAGUACGACAAAUACGCUUUUCUGUCUUUUUUAUAAUGGAGAAACACGGUCUAAAGCGAGCUUCUCCCCCACAUACGUAGGGUGGUCUGUGUCCUACGAUAACAGUUUGACAUUUAGCUGAGAAAGCAUCCAUGUACAAAAAAUGAGCUUUUCCGUUUUUGUUAUGUUUGCUUCCAUCUGAAAGCAGUCAAUAACGAGCUUCUCCUCCACGUACGGGGGGCAAUCUGCGAUAAAGAGAUGGAGAUAAAGGUUCUACAGAUGGUUCUACAGCUCACCGUAAAAAAAACAUUCAUGCAAAACAAUUGAGCUUUUGGGGGUUUUCAAUGGCCGAAAGACUUGGUCAAAAUCAAGCUUCUCCCCCACAUACGGAGGGUGAUCCUCGUAUGUCAUUCACCGUAGAAAACAUCCGUGUGCAACAAAUUCGCUUUAUGGGUUUUGUAAUGAUCGUUUCCGAUUGAAAGACACGGUCGAACACGAGAUUGUCCUCAUCCUACGGAGGGCGAUAUGAAAGUGAAACACUCACUGGCAGCAACAUUCAUGUACAACAAAUUCGCUUUUUCGUCUUUGUUAUAAUUGUUUCUCUAUGAAUAACACAAUCAAGCUUCUCCUUCAAUUUCAAGAGUGACGUCAAUAGCUUCUUUCUGAAGAGUCAGUCAAGUUAAUAUCAACUCGGAGCGUUUGUAGCGGCCACACAAAAAAAAGAGGGUGAGCUUUUAGAAAUAA